GGGCACGAGCGAGCGAGCGGGCGGGCGAGCGCGUCCGCCGGGUGUCCGAGCGGGGUUGGCGCGGCGCCGGCGCGGAGCGGGUGUGGCGGCUCGGCCUGCGCGGUGGCCGCGGACAGAGAAGCUGUUUAACUCCAGGCAGCCUCAGUUGUCGAUUCCUGGGAUUGUUCUCUGACUUUUCAGAUCCCAUUUAGGAUGCUGCAGUAAUCUUAGUAUCUGUGUCUCCUUGGGCUCCUCCUGGCUGCCACGGUAACCAGACGUCUCUCAUUUCUGAUGACUGGGAUGAGUAUUGGUUAAUGAUUUUCUCAAAGCCAAACCUGGGCUGUGGACUUCCAGGAGUAGAGCAGAGUGCUGCUCACUGCAGCUCGCUCAAUCAGGGCUCCGUAAGUCUGUGGCAUCAGUCAGUGUUGCUCUUGAUCAGUCCCUGAUCAAACGUUGACCUGGCUGAAGGACAGUGCGUCAGAUCCCACCCCUGGGAACUUACUCUCUAGUUUAUCCUGUUUCAUGCUGUGCUCUUCAGAGUGACAUCACUGAGCCACCGUAUGCUGACCAUACCCGGGUAGUAAAGUAUCUUAAGGCUGGGAAGAUGAAGCAUUUGCCUCGAAAGCACGAGAACUGAGCUCACGUUUUUCAGGACUCACAUACAAUCUGAGUGUGUUGAAAUGCACAUGUCAUCCCAACAGCAACGCAAAACUGUAUCAUGAAAUUGAAGGAAUUUUGAAAGAUGUCUGAAGUUUCGUGGCCACAUCUAUCGUCUGUCUUCUCUCACUUUUAAAAAAAACAAUAGAUGGGAUGUUUCAGAAGAGAGCUGUAUAAAAAGAAGAGUGUUGCAGAUGGCUUCAGAAUCUACCAAUGGGAAACAAGCUAGGAGUCAUGUGACAAGGGGGCGGCGUCAGCAGCAGCAGCAGCCGGUGAGGAGCAGGUCCUCCGUCAGUGAAUGCGAUGGCGAUGAUUCCUUCAUCUUCGAAGCCAACGAAGCCUGGAAGGACUUUCACGGCUCUCUCCUGGGCUUCUAUGAAAACGGGGAGCUCUGUGACGUCACAUUAAAGGUUGGCUCAAAGCUGAUCUCUUGUCACAAGCUGGUACUGGCUUGUGUGAUCCCCUACUUCAGAGCCAUGUUUCUUUCCGAAAUGUCCGAAGCCAAGCAGGCACUAAUUGAGAUCCGAGACUUUGAUGGCGAUGCCGUGGAGGACUUGGUGAAGUUUGUCUACUCUUCACGGCUCACUUUGACAGUAGACAAUGUCCAGCCUCUGCUGUAUGCAGCGUGUAUUCUGCAGGUUGAACUGGUGGCCAGAGCUUGUUGUGAGUACAUGAAGUUGCAUUUUCAUCCCUCCAACUGCCUGGCAGUGCGAGCCUUUGCGGAGAGCCACAACCGGAUAGACCUGAUGGACAUGGCGGACCAGUAUGCCUGUGAGCACUUUACUGAGGUGGUGGAGUGCGAAGACUUCGUGAGCGUGUCCCCGCAGCACCUCCACAAGCUCCUCUCCUCCAGUGACCUCAACAUUGACAGCGAGAAGCAGGUCUACAGUGCCGCCAUCAAGUGGCUUCUUGCCAAUCCGCAGCAUCAUCCUAAAUGGCUGGACGAGACACUUGCACAGGUCCGUCUGCCAUUAUUGCCAGUUGAUUUUCUUAUGGGUGUCGUGGCAAAAGAACAGAUUGUCAAGCAGAACCUGAAAUGCAGAGAUCUGUUGGAUGAAGCAAGAAAUUAUCACCUCCAUUUGAGCAGUAAACCAGUUCCUGACUUUGAAUAUACAGUUCGGACUACCCCAAGGAAGCAUACUGCUGGUGUGCUGUUUUGUGUGGGUGGUCGUGGUGGAUCUGGUGACCCCUUUCGUAGUAUUGAAUGCUAUUCUAUCAACAAAAACAGCUGGUUCUUCGGACCAGAGAUGAACAGCCGCAGGCGACACGUGGGUGUGAUCUCUGUGGAAGGGAAAGUGUAUGCAGUGGGCGGACAUGAUGGAAAUGAACACCUAGGUAGCAUGGAGAUGUUUGACCCGCUCACUAAUAAAUGGAUGAUGAAGGCAUCGAUGAACACCAAGAGGCGAGGAAUUGCCCUGGCCUCCUUAGGGGGCCCAAUAUAUGCAAUUGGAGGGUUAGAUGACAAUACAUGCUUCAGUGACGUGGAAAGAUAUGACAUCGAGUCUGACCAGUGGAGUACAGUGGCACCAAUGAACACUCCCCGUGGAGGCGUCGGCUCUGUGGCUUUAAGCAACCAUGUUUACGCAGUGGGUGGCAACGAUGGAGUAGCCUCCUUAUCCAGUGUGGAAAGGUAUCACCCGCAUCUGGAUAAAUGGAUAGAAGUGAAGGAAAUGGGUCAGCGAAGAGCCGGCAACGGGGUUAGUGAGCUUCACGGUUGUUUAUAUGUUGUUGGUGGUUUUGACGAUAAUUCCCCUCUGAGCUCGGUGGAACGGUAUGACCCUCGAAGCAACAAGUGGGAUUAUGUAGCAGCACUUACCACUCCCAGGGGCGGCGUGGGGAUUGCAACAGUGAUGGGCAAAAUCUUUGCAGUUGGCGGCCACAAUGGCAAUGCAUACCUGAACACAGUGGAGGCAUUUGAUCCCGUGCUGAAUAAAUGGGAGCUGGUUGGACCUGUGUCUCACUGCCGAGCUGGUGCCGGUGUGGCCGUGUGUGACUGUUUAACUAGCCAGAUCCGAGACGUAGGCCAUGGGUCCACUAAUGUGGUUGACUGUAUGUGACUAAGUCCCAGCAACAAGGACACAAUCUCAUCUGAUGAACAGGAAGACAACAGGCCUUUUGACAUGGCCCAUUUGACUGUGACUGCAGCUACUGUCUUUGAAUGUCAGCUGUUGUAAGUACAUCUGUGAACUGAUGGGUGACAAUUAUUAGUUAUAAAGUUAAGUGAGCUGUUUCCUGCUUCAGCAAACAGUGGAGCAGGCCGGAAGCAGCCUAUCUGUGAACCCAUUCUUGUUCUGAGAGAUGUUUCAUGUAGUGCCAAACCUUAAAAUAGUUGUUUAUUUUGAUGAAUAAAAUGUAAUUUAUUGAGUUUUA